AUGGGUAGGGGAAGAUUGAGAUCAAGAGGAUUGAGAAUGCUAAUAGCAGACAAGUCACAUUCUCAAAGAGACGUGCUGGGUUGCUCAAAAAGGCUCAAGAAUUGGCUAUUCUUUGUGAUGCUGAGGUUGCUGUUAUCAUCUUCUCUAAUACUGGAAAGCUUUUUGAGUUUUCCAGUGCUGGUGGAUGCUCAUGUUUCCGUUUCCUCUUAUUCUUUUAUAGUUGGGGGCGAUUUCACCUAUGAUGUGGUCUUCUCAUGA